UACAGCGCAAACAUAUGGCCGGUUGACAUUUCCUCACAAAGUAUAGUAUCUGCGGAUUGUUUAUUAGAUGUGUCGUGCAGUUUUUAGGAGAAAAGUAGAUGGCUCAGUGAAAAAUGUGAAAAAAUUGUAGUUAGUGUCGCUCUUAAAUUAAAUUCAGAUUAUUUAAAGAUAAAACUUAGUGACAAGUUCGUGUGUAUUAGGAUUUAUUCGAUUGACAAGUAUGCGAUUUAACAAACAGGAGCUUAUUACAUUGGCUGCCUUACCAAGUAACAAAUUUGAGAAAGAAGGCAUAUUGAACAUAAUAGAGAAACAAGAAGGCUUCUUCACUAAACGAGAAGGUGAAAAUAAUUUUAAAGUACAAAAAAUCACUCGAAGGAAGACGCUGAGUUGUAUUGGGGGAAUUGGAAAAGUGAGUUUCCCACGCUGGUGCAAGCUUCGCGGAAAUUUACUGUUCUACUUAAAGGAUCAAGAUCCCUUCUCUCUACCAUUAGGACUAAUAGUUUUAGAAAAUUGCAGGCCUGUAAUUCGCUCUGAAAGUCGAGAUGUUGAUGGGUACUCUUUUUUCAUUGAAUUUCGGGAUGGUUUAAGUCAACGGAUCGCUGCAAAUACCGAAGCUGAACGAGCUGACUGGAUGAAUGCUAUUCAAAUGGCAAGCUAUGCGCAACUGAACAAACAGCUCAAAUAUCUUCGUGAUCAAAUUGAAAAGAAAUUAGGUUACACAGCUGACACUGCAAUACCACCGCAAAGCAAUGAACCUGCUCAAAGAAAACCGGAUGCGGAAAUAGAUAUCAAUGAAAUUCCACUUUGUGAGUCUGCAGUUUCUUGUGAUAAUCUUUUGUGUGAUGGCCACGGACGGCCACCAAAUCCUUCAAUUGAUGUGCAAAUCGAAAACAAUAAUGGCUGUGGAUGGGUUAAGUAUGGACAAACGGAAAUAAUAGAUCGAUGCGCAAAUCCACAAUUUUUAUGUACAAUUUUGUUUCGGGCUAGCGACGGCUUAAGUAGCACUUCUUUAGUUCGGUUUACAGUUUACGAUGUUCGUGAGAAAUUAUCUAGGACUGUACUUCCACUAGGAUACGCUGAGAUUUCAUUGGGCGUCAUACAGGAUACUACCCGAAUACGAAUACCGCUACGGUCAGUUCAAGGUAAUGCUGGAUUCAUAACAAUUGCUUCAUGGGCCCCUGACCAAGAUAAGAAAACUCCGCGAUCUCCAGCGAAAAUUAUCGAGAGCCAAAAUUUAGGUCAUCGACGUUCGCAAUCACUCCCACCGAAAUUAGGUGUCAAAUUAUUCGUGCCACCACAGUUGAAACUUCCCCUUGUAUUCGUGAAUCCUUCGCUCCAUACAUAUCGUCUGCAUUCAGGUCUGGGGGGAGAUAUAAGCGUACAAGAAGUGAUGAUGGAAAGCCGAUUGUGCUACGUGAUCCCACAACAAUUACUUUCAAUCUGGAUACUUCGAGAAAAGGAACUUCUGCAAGAAAUCUCAGGAAUGGGCGAAUUGGGAGGAGAGUGGCGCAAUAAACAGAUGGAUUUGCUGGAUAAACACUUAAAACUACUAAAAGACUACUCCCAAGCCAAACAAAAUUUAUUGCAUUAUAACAACAAUAACGUGGAUAAAUUUUUCAAACCAUCUGCCAACAAAACUGAUGAGUCGUUAGAGUUUGUACCUGUAAAUUUGCAUUUACAACGAAUGUGGGCACACAAUGACACACUAAAGCGAUCAGGCGUGCUAGAUGUCAUGACGUCCGGCGCUUUCACUCGUCACGCCGGCAAAAGUAAAACAGGUGGAUUAAUUAAAUUAUUGCAACAAAAUAAGGAUUCUCCUUCAAAACUAGAUCCGAAUGGAUGCAAGGUCCAAGCAGCUAAUGAUGUAGUUCAAGCUAUCAAGCAGUUACGCAAAGAAAUUGUUGAGAUCAUGUCGCAGUUACUGUGCUUAGCCAAAAUGAAAAAUCCCAAAGGGAUGAUGCCUCUAUGCAAUGAAAUGGUGAAUAAAACAAGAACUCUAUUAAAUCUAUGGGAACCAAAUUUAGUUGAGGAGGCGUUUGCGUUCAUAGAACAACAUCGGAUUUUGGACGAACCAGAUAACACGUUGAUGCCCAUGUCACCCUUCAAAAAAAUAACCCAGCAGCUUGGUGCUUUGGACUUGAAAUCACCGGAGCUGGAGGACUUCGCUACACCCAUGGGAGCGCCUCCAGAUUUAUGGCCUAGUCGGAAUGCAUUAUCACCAAAUCGCACCUCUAAUUUACGAAUGAAGUCUCCAUCAGCCACGGAUAUCAACACAAUAUCAUCGAUACAGCAAAGCGUACAAAUAUAUAAUAGUCAAUCUAGAGUCCAACAGAAUCAUGGUCAUGCGAAUGAUUCUAAUUUAUCGCACUCACUUCCUAUAACCAUUUCAAAUUUUGAAAGAAAAGCUUCCGUAACAAAACAAAAUCACAACGAGGUUCCCUUGAAAUUCAAUGAAACACAUUUUGAUGUUAGCGGUGAAAUAUCAACGAGUGAAAGCCAACCGAAUUCACUUGUUAUUAUCGAUGGUCUUCCAAAUAGCAACCCUAAUAAUAUACAGAGAAAUGUCCAAAGUGAAAACCAAUGUGAUGGUGGGAAAAAGAACGUCACGGAAAAUGGCAACAGCGAUGACGUUUCAAAUCAAUUGGCUGAAAGCAAAAAUGAAAUUUUGUAUCAAUCUGCGGACUUCGAUGAAAGUGGUUACAUCCCUAUGAAUUGUUCAAUAGUUCUAGGACACAAUGGCGCCUUUUUAGACACUAAAGUAAUGAGUUCUAGUCCAUCUGCCAAUUACUAUCGACCGACUGAAGAGCCUGAACCCCUCGAUUUGACACAACUCAAUAUUGAGGCGAGUGUUAUGUGUCUUGUAAGCAAAGUUAAGUUUCUUUGUGGUCGUUGUGGGAGUCCGGCAGUACGUUUGCGUCAGCCUCGGAACUCUGUAAAGCGGGGCUUCAACAAUAUGCCACCCGAUGUGGUGACAAGCCAGCCUAUGGCUCAUCCGAAUUCUGCGAUGUCUUCCAUGAGUCAAUCGAUGACAGACACAAUAUACCAAUCUGAAUCUAUUGGAACUACUUCCCAACCAGAAUCUCUUAUCUCCAAUUCCGGAAAUGUCUCAAAUGUCGAAAGUAAUGUAGUAUUAAAUGCGAACUUAAAGUCUAGUGGGUGUAUGAGCGGCAAGGAUUUGAAUCUAGCAUUAACUCAAGCAGUUGGCGAAGUGACAAGGAGAGUAAAGAAAGGAAAUAAGUUCACAGAUGGACUUGAUCUAUCCAUGACUACUGAUUGGGCUUCCGAGCUGCGACCUUCAAUGCGAAAGUUACGUCAAGCAAUGGACGGCCUAUUGAAAACAGCAAGACUGAUACACUCUGUGCAACGUUUACAGCAGGAUAUGAAGAAGAUUAGUACAAAUCUGGCCAUAAUGUAUAGGCGCGAUGUUUGCUUUUCCCAGGCUCUUACAUCGCUGGUUAGUGGUAUAAUGGUCAAAUUAUGGGGAACUACAAUAACUGAAAAUUACAUCGAAAUUCUCACUCAUCUGGGACCGUUAGCAUACUUCGAGGGAUUGUUGUCGCUCUAUGGCGGGGAAACCGACAUGUGGGGUGAUAUGUGUGUUGCCAUCGAGGAUUUGUCUGCAGUCAAUUUUACACUGAUUAGAAGUGAUAUUCAGAGGGAAACAAAAAUUCUUCCAAUACCGCGUAUCGUGGGCUCUCGGCAUUCAUUAACUGUUCUGCUUCCUGUGCCCGAAAGUGUUUAUAGUAUUGUGCCAACGAAGGAAGCGAUAACUUUCAAAGUUACCCCCGUUUUCUUCAAUAUCGGAAUCAAUGAACGUGCCACAUUAUCUGAAACGUUAGGAUAUACACGCGAACAGCACCGCUCUAAUUGGGACAAUUACGAUCGUCUAAAGAAUUACCAUAUUCGCUAUAAGAAAUUAAAUCUGGUAACUCCAGAUACACCCAGCAAAACUGAACAGAAUGUUUCGGUUCAAACUGUCGCUGAUUAUUUAAAUACUAUGGAGGAAGGUCUUCGUACAAAUACAUCGAAAAAUGUGAAGAUACUACAUUUAGCUGAAGACAUUUGUCGAGCGAUGAAUGGUUUGCGAUUUACAUCAUGUAAAAGUGGGAAGGAUCGAACAGGAAUGGCAGUGACGCUAGAAGAGUGCCGAAUAUUGCAACAGGAAUUCCAUUUGCCAGCGAAUAGUAUGCAGAAUGUAUUGAAUACAAUGCGGAGUGAGGGCACUCGAAUCGACAAUGUUGUGAAGAACAUUGAAUUGCGAAAAUAUGCCUUCAACUUACCCCAAGUAGUGUCACUACCAGCCCUCUAUCGGCCACCAGCUGGUUCUUAUGGAAAAGCGCAGACAUAGAAGCGAAAACAAAUUAGCAGUUGUAGUGCAUAAAUCAUGCGUUUCGGAUAUACAUCUUACUAGACUACAUAGCAACUUAUCAAUCAGCAGAGAAAUCGGUACUUAAAAUUUCUAUUAGUAAAACAAGUACGAAUAAAUCUCACGGAAAACGUGUGGAACACAAUAAUCCAAAGGAAGGGUACUUGGGCGUAUUAUAUAUAUUAUAUGUACCGUUUUAAUUAGUGUUUAUCAAGUUAUUGUUAUGAGUACUUUUUAAUAAUGAAUCAAAUUCUAUGUUGAUGACAAAUAACCAAUUUCACAACAAGCCAAACAGUUAUUUAUUAAUUAUUUAAAAGAAUAAUCAAAUUAGCGUUCUACAUAUUGUUAGGUAUUCCGUAUUGGUACAAUAUAAAGAUAAUCCCUUUUGAUUUCUUUGUUUUAACAUUAAGUAUGAGACGAUACGACUUUUAGGAUUUUUUAAUGGUCUUCCAGUUUGUUUUAAAUGGCGUAUGCUGUAUUUAACUCUGAAUUUUCAUGUGUUCAUUGUGAACAGAAAGAUAAUUAUUUGGGACUUUUCCAGUUGUUUGUUUUCGGCAAUAGUUGGGCGUUUUUUCACGUAAAUUGAUAUUGUAACUAAAAGCUCAGUGUUAAAGCAAGAAAAAAGAAGAAAAUUAGUUUAGAAAUUGAAUAUGUAAAAGAAAAAAAGUUGUUUUCCAAGGUUUCGAUUAGUUAUACGGAAAAUUGUUUCGAUUAUAACUAUGCAAUGAAAAUAAAAGUAUUUAUUAAACCUAA